AUGCAGUACAAUACAUCCGAUACCACACGUACUAUUAUCUCCUUGCUAAGUCGUUGGGGAACGAUUAGUGAAAAGACAAAUAAGUUUGCCGGUUGUAUGGCUAAAGUUAACACACAACAUCAAAGUGGUAUAACCGAACAAGAUAAGAUUACCAAUGCGAAGGAUUUGUAUAAAGUGACGCACAAGAAAUCCUUUCUUCUUGAUCAUUGUUGGCUCAUGUUAAAGGACCAACCAAAGUUUUCUAAUCCUAAUGGAAGAUCGAGAGCAUCUGUGCCUCCAACUCCGAAGUCAACAUCUAUUGGUGAAGGGGAUUGUGGGUCCGGACUUGGUGACACUUCCAAUUUUGAGAGGCCAAUUGGUAGGAAGGCCGAAAAGGUUAUCUGUAAAAACAAAGCCAUCGGAAAAGAUGUAGGGGAAUAUUUGACCAAGAAAUUGAAAUUUAUUGAGGAUGUAACUCAAUUGGAAGAGGAAAAAAUGUUUAUUGAGAGGGAAAAACUUGCGAUUGAGAAGAAAAGAAGUGAAGAAAAACUUAAGAUUGAGAAGGAAAGAGUCAUGAUUGAGAAGAAAAAAUUUGAGAUGGAAUAUAUGUUAGAGGAGGAGAGAAUCAUGAUGAAAGAUACAAGUGGCUUGACUGGAGCACAAAAAGCUUUUUAUGAACAACUCUAA